AUGGACUCGUCAUCUCCUGACAAAACCGUCCCCGCGGAAGUCAAGGCAGAACUCAACCACGAGAUCGCCGAGAACGUGAAAACCAACACGGUCGAAGCCGCACCCGCAGACCCUUCCACCGCCCGAGCUGCAGCAGCAACAGGAGGCGGCAAAAAGAAAGAGAAAGCAGCGAAACAACCUAAACAGCCCAAGCCAGCCGCGCCUGUUGCACCGUUAUCCCCCGCCCUCAUCGACCUGCGAGUCGGCCACAUUCUCCGGGCCAUCGCGCACCCGAACGCCGACAGCCUGUACGUCUCGACAAUCGCAAUGGGUGACCCCGAGGGGACCGAGCACACCACCGUCGACGAAGAGACCGGCAAGGUCGUGCGCACCGUAUGCUCAGGCCUCAACGGCCUCGUACCUCUAGAGGAGAUGCAGAACCGCAAAGUCGUGGUCGUUGCGAACCUGAAACCCGUCAACAUGCGUAGCAUCAAGUCGGCGGCCAUGGUCCUUGCAGCGUCACCGGCCGCAGAGGAAGGUGCAGACCCCCACGCGGCAGACCGGGUCGUGGAGCUGGUCAACCCGCCCGAGGGCGCUGAGGCAGGGGACCCGGUCUUCUUCGAGGGCUGGCCGUACGGUGAGGGCCGUGGUCCAGAGAAACAACUCAACCCGAAGAAGAAGCAGUGGGAAGCUAUCCAGCCUGGAUUCUUCACGAGCGAAGAUCUGGUCGUGGGGUUUGACGCUGCAAAGACAGAGAUUGGUGGUGCUGAGAAAGGUCUCCUCAUCGUCGAAGGCAAGGGAAAGUGUACGGUUAAGACUUUGAAGGGUGCAGUUGUGCGAUAG